CACUAAACUACUAAAGUCUUUUACAUUUAUAAAUCUUCUUUGUUUCUACUUUCGUCUGUUUUCGUUAUAAAAUUAUAUUCUUCCAAAAGAAUAUUUUGUUUCCUGUGAUUUUCUAGAUUAAUCGAACAUGUCGCUAGACGGAUCAGGAUUAGGAGGGAUGGCUAUGGCGGAGGCUUACACGGCAAGGAAGUUUCACAGAGAGAACAUGAAGAUUUUAACGGCAAGCACAGCCACAACCGUCGGUGGAGGAAUAGGAGACAACGGUGGAGGAUAUAGUCGGUGGUUCUGGGGAAAGCUGAGCACCAAGAAAAACUCGCCCAAAGUUUAUGAUAUUAUAACUAUAGAAUAAUAAGCUAAGAUGGUCACAUCCAAUAUUAAUCUAAGAAAUAAAAAUUUAGGUCUUUUUUAUGCCGGUCUUGUUUUACGUUAUUUUCUGCUUUAUGUUUGGUAUAAGAUUAUCAUAUGAAUUUAUUUAUGGAUAUUGUGGUUUUACGAAAAAUAUUUAGAGUGGAGGUUUUUUGAUAAAUAUUCUGGAUGUAGUUUUCUUUUUAUAAAUAUUUAGAGUAUAGAGGUUUUUGUAAAGCUAUGACAUUUUCUUUAACUUCUGUAGCUUGUUGCUAUGGUAGUUUUUAUGAUGAA